UGGACAAUAAAGGCACUGAAAUGCCUGUGGAUUUGUACUAUUUACCGCCAAGUAUUCCCUGCCGAGCUGUCAUGAUGCUCGCUAAAGCUUUGGGCAUUCAUCUGAACUUGAAGGUAGUCAAUAUCCUGGAAGGCGAGCACUUGAAGCCGGAAUUUCUCAAGAUUAAUCCGCAACACACGAUACCAACGAUCAACGAUAAUGGACUCAUACUUUGGGAAAGUCGAGCCAUCAUGGGGUACUUUGUGGAAAAGUAUGCAAAGAACGAUUCGUUGUAUCCGAAGGAUCCGCAACGCAGAGGCCACGUGGACCAGAAACUUUACUUCGACCUUGGUACGCUGAACCAAAACCUUCUGAAGACUUACUUUCCAAUUAUCUUCGGCCAAACUGAAAGCAUCGAUGAUAAGAAUUUGGAAGCUCUGGAAAAGGCGUUCGAAAUUCUUGACACGUUUUUAGAGGGGAGCAGAUUCGUCGCCGGAGAUCAGUUGACCAUCGCCGACUUCAGCAUCAUCGCCACAGUCAGUACAGCUGACGCAUUCGGCUUCGACAUUGGCCGAUUCGACAACGUCGCCAACUGGUACAGGCAGUGUCAAAUAGCUAUGGCCGACUUUGGUUACGAAGAGAUAAACGCUACCGGAGCUAAAAUGUUGGGAGAUAUGCUCAAAAGUCGCAAAGCUGAAAUGACUAUCGAUCUCUACUACGUACCGGGAAGCGCGCCUUGCCGUGCUGUUCUACUAACUGCGGCUGCUGUUGGUGUAGAAUUGAAUAAAAAAAUGACGGAUCUUAUGAAGGGCGAACAUCUGAAGCCUGAGUUCUUGAAGAUGAAUCCCCAGCACACCAUACCAACCUUGGACGACGAUGGUUUUUACCUCUGGGAAAGUCGUGCCAUCAUGGGAUACUUGGUCGACAAAUAUGCGAAGAACGAUUCCCUGUUCCCAAAGGACCCUAAGGCUCGGGCGGUUAUCAACCAGAGACUCUACUUCGACCAUGGAACUCUCUACAACGCAUUCGCUGAAUACUUCUACCCAACGAUAUUUGGUAACGCGCCUGCCGAUCCGGUCAAGCGGGAGAAGAUUGAUCAGGCACUUGAAUUCCUGGACAAGUUCCUCGAAGGGCAGAAGUACGCCGCUGGCAAGACCCUCACGAUCGCCGAUCUUGCCCUGGCCGUGACCGUAUCAAAUUUCGAGGCGAUGAAUCUCGAUCUGAGCAAGUUCAAGAACGUCGUACGUUGGCUUGCAACUAUCAAGUCCGAAGCUCCGAAAUACGAGGAGACGAAUGGAGCUGGAGCCAAAGCCUUCAAGGAGCUCGCUGACAGUUUGAAGAAGUCGUGCAAAGGCGCAUUCGUCCUCAUACCAUUAGACACGCGAUGUAAAUUCACCCUAACGUCUACAUGGUAUAUGAAUUACGCUAUAACUAUAACCGGGACUGACGUAAGAGUCAAGAGCGGAAAUGUAUCUCGGAAGCAAAAACACGACAUGUCACUUGAUUUGUACUUCACGCCGUUUAGUCCCCCGUGCCGUGCAGUGCUGCUGGCAGCCGAGGCGAUUGGAAUUUCCCUCAACUGUAUAAACGUAGAUUUGUUCAGUGGUGAACAACUGAAACCAGAAUAUGAGCAGUUGAAUCCGCAAAAGACAGUCCCGCUGUUGAUUGAUGGCGACUUCAAGCUAUCCGAAAGUCGAGCGAUCAUGAUUUACCUGGUGAACGCGUACGGUAAAAACGACAGACUUUACCCAAAGGAUCCAGCUACACGUGCUGUUGUGAACCAGCAUCUUUAUUUCGACAUGGGCCAUCUGUACAAGAGCAUCUCGGAAUAUUUCUACCCAGUUCUUUUUAUGGGAGCUACGACGCACGAUCCGGCGAAGUACGAUAAUUUAACUUCGGCUUAUGAAAUUUUGGACAAAUUAUUGGACGGCCAUGAUUAUGUGGCAGGGCGGAAUUUGACGCUGGCAGAUUUGGCUGUGGUAGCGUCAGUGUCAACCGCUGACGUGCUCAAUUUCGAUCACAAAAAAUACAAAAACGUUAGCCGAUGGUACGAACGAGUGAAACGAUCCGCACCUGGGUACAGAAAAAUCAACGCCGAUGGAGCCGAAAUUAUGAAGCAAUUUCUAAAGGAUCCAGAAGCGUAAAACGAUCGACGGAUGAUAAAAAUUGAACACGUGUUUUAAGCCUGUGUAGUUUAGCACACUAGAAAAAGGCGUAUUUUCGACGGCGGUGUUUAAUCAAUAAGUAUUUUAUCCAGCACGGCCCUACUAGGCAUAAAU